AUGGACACUGUGCAUAUGGCUACGACAACUGCACCCGCAGUUGUACCCCCAUCCCAACAUCAAAGCAUCGUCAUACCUGACGUUACACAGGAGGGCGUGGCCGAAAAACGUCCCGUCCUUCUUCCCCCGCUGCCCGAUAUUCACCAGUCAACCCAGUACAUAGAGGUCUACAUCAAGAAGGCGCUCGACCGUGGUGCAUUCGAGCCGUUGUACACCACCUCCGCCGCUACUCCUGCCCCAGCUCCCUCUCCGCAGCCGCCCGCUCCGCCUGCCGCCGCCGUUAUUGUCACGGAGCCCGUCGCCGAACAACAGCACUAUGCGGAAGCGAUGGCCCAAGGCUGGAAGCCGUUCGCCAUGCUUUCUUCCCCUUCCUCGGCAGAUUCUUCGCCCGCAGCUACGUCGUCUUCUUCCUCCUCAUUUUCCCUCGCACUGACAGCAGCGACAUCGGCGGCACGCUCGCCAAUGUCUCCAGUACACCUCCCCACCACACCCACCACCACUAAUACCGACAAUAAUAGAAGACGCCUUGGCUUGGACCCAGGGGGAGCACAUGUACCGAUCGAGAAAAGACGCAAACACCGCUGUCAAACCUGUGACAAGGGCUUCACAACUUCAGGACAUUUGGCCAGGCAUAACCGUAUCCACACCGGCGAAAAAAAUCACAGAUGCCACUUUCCCGGAUGCGGCCAACGUUUCAGUCGACACGACAAUUGUCUGCAGCACUACCGCACACAUCUGAAAAAGACUAGUAACCCUGCUGUGAAAUUCACAUGA